AUGUCGUUCAAGAUUGCCGCCCCCGAUGAGUACCUUGCCAUUACUGGCAUGAACGUGAAGAGUGUACUCAUCACGAAAGCCGCAUGGGUUUGGCCAUUCCAAAGAUGUACACGCUUCUCGGUUCAGCCUCACGACUAUGCUAUGAAUCUCCAAGCCAUGACAAAGGAGAAACUUCAGUUCCUUCUCCCUGUUGUGUUUACCAUUGGACCGGAUGUAAACAAUCGAGGAGCUAACUCGAAGGCCCACAGACCCGCAGCAAAUGUUCAAGAGGGUCAUUCCGUACAUGAUCACACUCACGAUGAAGACCGUGGGGAUUCUUUAAUGAAGUAUGCCAUGCUAUUGGCCGAGUCUACUUCCCAGAAAAAGGGAUCGCUAUAUCUCGAGAAUAUCGUGAAAGGUAUUAUCGAGGGCGAGACUCGAGUAUUAGUAUCCAGUAUGACGAUGGAAGAAAUAUUCACAGAGCGCGAAGAAUUCAAGCGCCGUAUCUUCCGAAACAUUCAGGGCGAGCUCGACCAGUUCGGUCUUAAGAUUUACAAUGCCAACGUCAAGGAACUUAAAGAUGCUGCUGGCUCUACGUACUUCCAAUCGCUCUCCCAGAAGGCCCACGAAGGUGCCACCAACCAAGCCCGUAUCGAUGUAGCAGAGGCACAGCUCCGUGGAAAUGUCGGCGAGGCAGAAAGACAUGGCCAGCAAGAGCGAUCAAUUGCGAAGAUCAAUGCGGAAACGGCAGUCCAAAAGACUGAUCGGGACGUUGAGCGCGCGGCAGCAGAAGCCAAUCUCGCCACGCAAAAGACCGUCCUGAGCCGAGAUGUCGAGAUCGCGCGUAUUCAAGCGACCCGUGCAACUGAAUCACGGGACGAGGAUCUAAAGAAAGAGGUCCAGGUCAAGCGCGCAGCCGCCGAACUCGAGCGCCUGCGUGCCGUCGACGUCGUGAAAGCCGCCAUUGCCCGAGAAAGCAAACAACAAGCUGCCGACGCAAAGGCGUACGAAGUAGAGGCCGAGGCCCGUGCCAACUUCGAGAAAUCAAACAAGGCGACGGAUGCUGCGGCAUACAGGACCAAGAUCGACGCCGAGACGCAGGCUUUUGCAGCCAUCAAGAAGGCAGAGGCUAGUCUGCAACAGAGGCUGAAAGAGGCGGAGGGUAUGGCUGCUAUGGCUGAUGCUUACUCCAAGAUGAGCAAUGCUUUUGGUGGCCCAGCUGGACUCCUUCAGUACAUGAUGAUCGAGAAGGGCACAUACGUCGAACUCGCCAAAGCCAACGCCGGCGCCAUCAACGGCAUGCAACCCAAGAUCAGCGUCUGGAAUACCGGGGCCGAAGCCGGUUCGUCCGGCGCUGGCGGCCAAGGGUCUGGUCAAGAUAGCGCUGCGACGCUGAGAAACGUAUACCAACUCCUCCCUCCGCUGAUGUCGACGAUUCAUGAUCAGACAGGCAUCACCCUACCUGAGUGGCAGUUUGGAAAGUUGCCAAACAACGAGGUUGCGAGACGUGACCAAAUCCAAGGAAAUGUUAACGGCAAAUAA